UGUCAAUCCUUGACGUUUAAAAAAACUCUAUGGUGGUCUAAAUUUGUGUCAACAUUCACGACUUCACGAUAUUUGGGCCCGGCUGAAUCACACGCAGGGCACCUGCUUCCAACUCUUCUGAUGUCCAAAUACAAAGUUUUUCUGCUGAGGCAUGGAGAGGGAGCGUGGAACAAAGAGAAUCGCUUUUGCAGCUGGGUUGACCAGAAGUUGAGCGAGGAUGGGAUUAAGGAGGCUCAGGAGUGUGGGCGCCUUCUGAAAGAGCAGGGCUACAAGUUUGACAUGGUGUUCACCUCCCUGCUCAGCCGCUCCAUCCACACAGCAUGGCUGGUGCUGGAGGCUAUGGGGCAAGAGUGGGUGCCCGUGGUCAAGUCCUGGAGGCUUAACGAGCGUCACUACGGUGCCCUCAUUGGCCUCAACAGGGCUGAGAUGGCUCUGAACCACGGAGAGGAGCAGGUGAAGCAGUGGAGGAGGAGCUAUGACAUCACACCCCCGCCAAUCGACAGAUCACACCCUUUCUUCCUGGAGAUCUAUAACGAUCGCAGGUACAGCAACUGUGAUGUGUCUAAAGACAACCUUCCCCGCUCAGAGAGUCUGAAACAGGUGCUGGAGAGACUGCUGCCCUACUGGGACAGCAAUGUGGUGCCAGAGAUCAGGAGUGGUCGGACUGUUCUCAUCUCCGGCCAUGGGAACAGCUGUAGAGCCCUGCUGAAACAUCUGGAAGGUAUAUCAGAUGCAGACAUUGUCAACGUGACUCUACCCACAGGGAUUCCGGUUCUGUUGGAAUUGGACGAAAACCUUAAAUGUGUUAAACCAAGGCAGCUUUUGGGAGACCAGGCAAAGAUUCAGGCUGCUAUCAAAAUGGUAGAAGACCAGGGAAAGGCUAAACGACCUGCCUGAGUUCAGUGAAGUGGUUAUGUGACUGCUCCUAGCUCUAGGAUUAUCACCGGCCGCGUAUGCACCAUCUCUUAAAGAAAAGUGGAUUUGGUUUUGAGUUGUAAUUAACCAAUAGCAGGGAGUUUUAGUCAGAGUAAAAGCCUUUCAGAAAAAUCUUGCAGUUCAUUGACUGUAGGCAUAAUUGUGGUGUGGACUUGAUCGAGAAUCUUGGCACAGUCCACACAGGCACAACAUGGAAGUAAAAUAAAGCAGAAUAGAUAAUCUGGCAUUUUAGGAUUAUGCACUAAGGAAGUGGCAGGUUCAUAUUUAAGACGAUCUUCCUGUUUUUAAGAGAUAAAACAUCCAUAACAUACAGAGAAUAGGCAAUAUAAAGGUGAUAUAUGCUAUUUUGUGUUUGAAUUGAAGGAUUUAUUGUAAAUUGUAGCUGUUGAAUUGAUACUAAUACCCUGUUACAUGAAUACUAACUUUCCCUUGCAAACCUUUUCAAACCUCCAUAACAUGUGCUUUUGGUGUCAAUUCGAUUUUGAGUUGAAAGUGUCAGUAACCUAGAUAUACAGUACAUCCAUUACAGUACGUAUCAGUUGCUGCAAUUGUAUUUCUCAACAAGAAAAGCACUUCAUGAACAAAAUACCUCACAGAGAUUGAGAGCCAGGCUAUCCAUUCCAAGACGGUGGUGAUUGUUAAGCCGCUUACAGUAGACAUGCUGUUACUGUGUUCUAUAAGCAAAUGUGAUCCUGUUCUUUGUUAUUUGUCCAUGUACCCUACUUCUCUAGUUUAUAUUUGGAGUGAAGCAAUUCUUUCUACAGUAUGAAUUUUCCCCCUACCAAAUUUAAGACAUUCAGUUUUGUAUCACAUGAUGUAGGCAACAUUUCCUGGCCUGUCCUUGAUGAAUGAUCAAGGAUUAAUGCACUAGGAAUCUCUGACAAGUUCCCGCUUUUUAAUCAGUGUACUAUUUCUAAUGGCAUGAUAUAGACUACUAUGUUGUGUUCACUGACAUAUUUUUGUCUCUGUGAAUUUAUAACCAUGUGUAGUGGUUGGUGCUCUUGUUCUCCUUAUAUGCACUGCUAUUAAUGUGAGUACAUGCUCCAUGCAUUUGAUCUGUUACAUGUACAGUAUUUUGUAUGAUUGAGAUGGAUUAUUGUGAGGACUACUGUUUUUUUUACAAUGUAAGAGAAAGGAAUUAUGUUUUUGACUGUGUUGGGGAAUGUGUUUUUGUCUAAUCAGUUUUAAUGCUUAAGUGUUCUAUAGUGUCAUGCCCACCAUUUUGGAGUAUGAAAGGUCAAAUAAUCUGUAGAGAAAUACAUCGCCAGAAAGCACUGUUAUGUUCUUAAUAUUUGUUUUAUCCACAAAGUGUAAUGAUAUGAAGAAACUUGACAACACUGUAGAACCUGACCAUAUAAUUUUAUGUUUUAAAUAAUAGAAUAAAAAAUGUGACCUGG